ACCCUAGCCCCUCUACCGUUAAGUCUCCAUUUCUGCGAUAGCCGCAGUUAGGGUAGAGAGGGAGUGAAAAAUGGUGUCAGGGUCUGGAAUCUGCGCGAGGAGAGUGGUUGUUGACGCCCGCCACCACAUGCUGGGGCGAUUGGCUUCGAUAUUGGCCAAGGAGCUGCUCAAUGGUCAGAAGGUGGUGGUGGUCCGAUGCGAGGAGAUCUGCCUCUCCGGUGGCCUCGUGCGCCAGAAGAUGAAGUAUCUUCGCUUCCUCCGCAAGCGCAUGAACACCAAGCCUUCCCAUGGCCCAAUCCACUUCCGCGCUCCCUCCAAGAUCCUCUGGAGGACCAUACGCGGGAUGAUUCCUCACAAGACUAAGCGUGGAGCCGCAGCGCUUGCCAGAUUGAAGGCUUACGAGGGGAUUCCACCUCCAUAUGAUAAGAUGAAGAGGAUGGUUAUUCCUGACGCUCUCAAGGUUUUGAGGCUUCAAGCUGGGCACAAGUACUGCUUGUUGGGCAGGCUUUCAUCAGAGGUGGGAUGGAACCACUAUGAAACCAUCAAGGAGCUUGAGAAGAAGAGAAAGGAAAGGGCUGAGUUGGCCUAUGAGAGGAAGAAGCAAUUGAACAAACUAAGAGUCAAAGCUGAGAAGGCUGCAGUGGAUAAGCUCGGAUCUCAGCUAGAUGUUAUUGCUCCCAUCAAAUACUGAUUCUUAGAGACAUGAGAAAUCUGGAUUGUUUUUAUUUCAAAUGACAAUUUUGUUGAGUUUCGUGUUGCAGUUUAUAAUCUGGAUAUUAUGAGGACACAUUUGCCUGUGCUGUGGUAUUUUUAGUUAGAUAUCAUGUAUUGUCAAAUUCCCCCGCUAUGCCAUUUCACCUAAAUCAUUUCAUGAUUAUGAUGUGGAUGUGAAUUGAUUUAUGUUCCUGUAACUCCUAUCUGGGUCGUGGUGUGCCUAGCUGUGUA